AUGCCCAUUAAUGCCACACUCUCCCAUGGAUUGGACGCUGGUGCGACGAGGUUCCCUUCAGUCAUCGCAUGCUGGGAGAACCUCGGCGACCUGCCAGCAGACGUGACCUUCUCCGCCGACGGGCGCGUCCCCACGCUCAGGAGCGUUAUCUUCGAUGCGAUAAACAGCGUGUCGGGCGAGAUCCCCGCGAAGAAGUUCCGCAAAGCCAACCUCGCUGCCGAGGGCGGGCGGCAGCGACAUGCAGCAAAGGCCCGGCUGCUGUUCCAGCCCUAA